AUGGCUGGCUAUUUGUACAACAUUUCAGUUCAAAAUACACGCAGAAAUCGUAGAUUAACGCAUCAAUUUUAUCAGCGGAAAAGAGAGCGAGCCAAUGAAAGUCAAGAUUUUGCAUGGCAUGCAGUUGCUUCGUGGACAUGGGACGCUCAGGAUGAAACUUGUGGAAUAUGUAGGAUGGCUUUUGAUGGUUGUUGUCCUGAUUGCAAACUCCCCGGUGAUGAUUGUCCACUAAUAUGGGGUGCUUGCAACCAUGCAUUUCAUCUUCAUUGUAUCUUGAAGUGGGUGAAUUCUCAAUCGGCUCAAGCACAUUGCCCUAUGUGUCGUCGUGAAUGGCAGUUUAAAGAAUGAAAAAAUAUUAUGUGCAUCUUUUGCUCAUGAAUGAAGGAACGAAUCAUAACUCUGCUUCAUUCCUCUUGGUAAGGGGUAAAAGCGCCUGUUUCUUGAUUGUAUUUUGAGUUGGUGUCUAUAUGUGUGUGAUACUAGGAUAUUGUAGCAAGCAUAGCUGAUAGCUGUGUUGAUAUGUGCUCAUCCCCAUAUACAAUUAUUAGUUUAAGGCCAAAAAUAGGUAGCGUGUCUGUAUCAGCAUCGGAAGGUGGUGCAGAUGUUGUAUGAGCCAUCCAUCCUGAGUCUUCAAUACAUCAAUGUCCAACCAUUGAUUGAGAAGAAAAGGACAUACUGGACGCUGGGCUGCCUGUCAUUAUUAGUCAGGCUGCCUUUACAACAGUGUCCUCUCCUCCAUAUCUGCCCACAUGAAAUUUGAAAACAAGUAUUAAUGGACUCUUAACAUAUUAGUGCCUUUUGACAGCCCUUUGUCCAUGACCCUGAGCUAUCAGGCACAUAUAGGCAUGGACCGUGACAUAGUUGGCGUAGGGACAGCAUUUCGUUAUCAUCUCCGUUGUAUUAUGUUUUUGAAUUGAAAAUAUCUUGAGGUGUUUGGGAAUAUGAUUUCCAGAUUCUGGUAUUUCCUCUUUCCAUGUUAUUCCCAUUUUAAAUCUGUCUGUAACAUUCCGUUCAUGUUCAUUGUGGUUUUGAAAAUUUUCCUUGUAAUCAUGGAUAUUUCAUUUGAUUUGCAUGUAGAAUGACGCUUUUUAACCUGUGUUUGAGAUGUUU